GAACGCCCACAGCAAUCUCAACUCCCGUAUCCACCGUGGCACUGCUCACUUGAUACAACAUUAAUACGACAACCCUUGCGCCAAAAUGCCGACCUUGAAUCCGUUCAAGAAACAUGACGUUUUCGAGUUUCCCGGCGUCCUGAUUCCAAUGCAGCAAGCUCACCAUCGCGCAUCCAUCACGUCCAACGGAUCUGAAAAGGCCGAGAGCAGCGACAGCACUGGUGACUAUGACAUUCACGGACUGACCCUGAAGAGCCUUAGAGCUGAAGUCGAAGCGGAUCUAUCGACUGCUGGACUCAAUUCAGCCUACGAUCGCAAAUCGAAGGUCAUUAACAAAGCAAUUCAAGAUAUCGGAAUGGGUCGCUAUCAAUGGGAACUAUUUGUUCUCUGUGGCUUUGGCUGGUUGACUGAUAAUCUCUGGCUACAGGGCGUGGCACUCACACUUCCUCAACUCGCUCUCGAGUUUGGAGUGAGCAGUAGUGAGAUCAGAUAUACGACUCUAGCCCUGUUCCUCGGCCUCUGCCUUGGCGCGAGCUUCUGGGGAAUCGCUUCCGACAUCAUUGGUCGUCGUCUUGCUUUCAACACCACCUUGUUUCUUGCCGGAGUUUUUGGAUUGGCUGCCGGCGGGGGCCCCGACUGGGUUGGAACCGCUGCUCUAUUCGCAUGCUUAGGGCUAGGUGUUGGAGGCAACCUUCCGGUUGAUGGGGCACUAUUCCUGGAGUUCCUUCCCUUCGCUUCUGGGAAUCUCCUCACUUUGCUUUCUGUUUGGUGGCCGGUUGGUCAACUGAUUGCAUCUUUGAUUGCCUGGGGAUUUAUCCCAAACUUUUCAUGCCCGGCCACGACACCAUCUGGCGACACUACCCCUACUUGCGCAGCUACCGGAGGAGCCCAGCCCUGUUGUUCCCGAGAAAAUAAUUGGGGAUGGCGAUACUUUGUCCUGACCCUCGGAGCAUUGACCGUCCUCAUGUUCAUCUGUCGAUUCUUCUUUUUUCAUCUCUUCGAGUCUCCAAAGUUUCUACUUUCCAGAGGCCGCCAAGCUGAGGCCGUCGCGGUGGUACAUGGGAUCGCCCACCACAAUAAGUCUCAAACAUGGCUUACCGAACAGAUCCUGAACGACAUCGGUGGAGAUCCAGAGGUUGUCACUGACAUGAAACUCAGCACUAUCGAUAUCGUCAAACGCUCUCUCGGCAAAUUCUCUACUCAAAGAAUCGGCCCUCUCUUCAGUAGUAAAAGGCUAGGAAUUACUACGGUCCUCAUCUGGUUCCAAUGGACAACUAUCGGAAUGGCCUACCCUCUCUUCAAUGCUUUUUUGCCCCAAUAUCUCGCCAAUUCAGGAGGCGAUCAACCUACCGCCACCGCAAUUGUCUAUCGCAACUACGCCAUCACAUCUAUUGUCGGCGUUCCUGGCAGCAUCAUGGCUUGCUAUACCGUCGACAUUAAGCACAUCGGCCGCAAAGGUACUAUGGCUAUCGCAACUGUGAUCACAGGCGUCUUCAUCUUCCUCUUCACAGUUUCUAGCGAUCCGAAUUUUCAACUCGCUUUUACGUGCCUCGAGGCUUUCUUUCAAAAUAUCAUGUACGGCGUGCUGUAUGCAUACACCCCUGAGGUCUUCCCAGCACCGAACCGUGGGACCGGGACAGGAAUAUCGAGCUUUUUGAAUCGCAUUGCAGGUUUAUGCGCUCCUCUCGUAGCGAUCAAUGCUGGAAGUUCGAACCCCAAAGCACCUAUCUAUGCAUCGGGGGGCUUGUUCAUUGCAGCAUUUAUCAGUAUGCUUUUGCUACCGAUUGAGACAAGAGGCAAACAGAGUCUGUAAUUGGGUUAUACAAGAGCGGUACAGUACUAGGCCAUCAGUUUGAGCGCACGGUUGUAUCACUGCUCUAGCUCCGCUCCACCUAUAGUCAAGCAAGUAUAUUCCAUUACUACUACAAGCGAAGGCAGAUGAAGGUGAUAGACAUGUGGCCGGGACGAUAAGAUAUUAUUAAACAAAUAUUACUCCUAAAAAAGACUGAUGUCAGAUUGUUAGAUAGU